AUGGAUGGAAUGUCAGAAGUUGAAAAAUUGCAUCUAGCUUUGGAAGUGGAAUUGUCUAAUUGCAAAGACCUGAAAACUUUAAAAAGAAUGCAAAUAAUUACCAGAUUAUAUAAACAGAGAAAAGCUUAUUUGGAAUCUUCAAUUAAUCUGAUAAAGGGGCGUUUUGAUCUUAUUGAUACUGAAUUUAAGGAUCAAUUAAUUAGAAAUUGUUAUGACAUGGAAUAUGGGUAUUUGCUAUAUAAUGAAAAGACUAAUAUGGACUCAAAGAACAACGUUGCUAGAAUCAAAACACAUCCCAAGAUUGAUGUCGAAAAUUCUAAAACACAAGAUAUAAAACAAAAUCCAACUUGCCAACAAAAUAAAAAGGAAUCUGUUGUAGGAAAAGAAGUUACCGUAUAUAAGAACCCAUUUUUGGAUAAAAAUAAUAAUAUUUCUUCUGUGCCCCAAGUUAGCAAUGUUAAUAAUAACCAUUCUGCUAUCAAUACUACCAAUAUUGAUACCAAUGCACAAUCGAAACAUAAUAACACAAUCCCAAAUUGUAACAACGCCCUUUCAAGGUAUAAUAAAAAUAGUCAUUGUAGCCAUACCGAAAUAGCUAGGUAUAAUUUUAAAUCAAACUCUAAUUAUAGGAGGCCACCACACGAUGUUUUUCAACCCAACACCGCAUCAAAAUGGGAUGAUAAACCAACCUUUAUGUAUAAACUUAAUAAUAGCACAAUUAUUCCAAGCAAGACUACAACCACACCACAAGAGGCAUUUACAUUUCCUCAAAAUAGUUAUUAUAAUAACCUGAAUUCUAUGAAACCCUCCAUUAGCUCUAUUUCUGGUAAUUCUGUUGCCAUAACAUCUGGAUAUAAAAACUAUAAUGAAGGUGUAAUGGAUUAUUCAAGGAACUCCAAUAAUUUUAAUUUUCAAGGUAACACUGGUUAUAACCAUAAUUUGGAAAAUGGAAAAAAACCAUUUUCAUCAGUUUUAAACGGUAACUAUGAAGUGGAAAAUAACAAAACUCUUGAUCUAAUGCACUACUCAAAAGAAGUCAACAAACCUACAACUAAUAUAAGUAUAGCAAAAACAUCAAUUCCUAAUAAAAUCUAUAAUGAUACAAGGGAAGACAUUAAUGCUUCUAAUUUAAAUCAAUUGUUGGAUCUUUUAAGAACAGUACAUCAAACCGCUUCACUGCCAUCACUACAGAAUUCUUCUGCAUACACUCUAGGACAGCAAACUCUCUCAAUUUUACCACAGCAAUUGAAUUUGCCGCAAAGGUCAGUUAACGCACUACCUUCAAUACCAUAUCAACAACAACCGAUAUACCAGGAACAGGGACAUUUUUAUGACGGAAAGGCAGCCAAUACAGUAAAUGAUAAAAAGUUAAAAGGACCAUAUUUUAAAAAAGUGUCUGAUAAUUCAACAGACGUUAAUAAAUGGGGAGCUUUAAAUUCAACUUAUAAAAAUGGGCAAAGACAAGUUUAUAGUACAAACCCAAGGACCACCAGCGAAAAAAAUACUAAUUCAAGUGAUGAAAAGAACACAAAGUCAAAAUUCACAAAAGAUUUGGAAUUACUUAGGGGCAUUUAUUCAAGAUCAACCAAUUGUAAUGAAUCUUCUAGGACAUCCAACCGAAUAAAUGACCUUAAACAAAAAAAUUCUAGCAUUUAUUAUGGGAAAGGUCAUGAAAUAGAUGGUGGGAUUAACUAUAGAUCAGGUUCUUCUUUCAGAGCUCCUAAUCAUUUUAACAAGAAUAUUAAGAAAAAAAAUAAUAAUAAUAAUAAUUUAGUGAAUAACAUUUCCGAUAACAAUAUUCUUGGUAGAAAUAAACAUUCUAGUGAAAUUAAAAAAGAUAAUGGUAAUCGGAACAACAAUAACAGUGGUAAAAAUGUUAAAUCAAAAAUCCCAAAAUCACUAAAAAAAAUUGGCAAAAUAGCUAAAAAAUAUGAUCUUCAGUAG